AUGGCCACAGAAUUACCAGAUCAAUCUUCCAACAUGGGAGAAUUCGACAUUGUUAAUACCUACCUUAAAUUCCUCAAGGAAGAUCCAGAAAUAUCGAAACCGAUUGCCGCCAUUGAAUCAUUAGUCGAACUUAUCGAAACCAAGCAGCCAUCUACCCAAGCCGAAUUGAUCAACCUACUAGAUAUCGCCACCACCACUUUAAAAACCAAGAUCUCCAACUCAAUAUCCCUUUCUGCCGGUUGUGAUUUGUUCUCGCGAUUUGUGUUGAGAAACUUGCCGUUGUACAGCGAUUGGGAAAACUGCAAAAAACACUUGGUAGAGAAUGGUCAGUUAUUCUUGAGAAGAUCCAAGGAAGCAAGAUUCAAGAUCGCCAAGACCGGAUUCAAUUUCAUCAAGGACGAUGACUGUAUUCUUAUACACGGGUUUUCGAGAGUGAUAUACCAAUUGUUGCAACAUGCAGCCGACAACCAUAUUAGAUUUAGAAUAGUGUUAACCGAGUCCAAACCAAGUUCUGAAGGGGUGAAAUUCAUCAAACUUUUGAAACAAAGAAACAUUCCUACCACCUUAAUUUACGACAGUUGUGUUGGGUACAUCAUCAAUAAAGUGGAUACGGUUCUCGUUGGGGCUGAAGGGGUCGCGGAAAGUGGGGGUAUCAUCAAUCAUAUUGGUACAUUCCAAAUCUCAUUACUCGCUAAAAGUUUCAACAAGCCAGUUUACGUCGCUGCGGAAUCCUAUAAGUUUGUGAGAUUGUACCCUCUAGGUCCUGAUGAUUUGAAAAUCGAUGUUUCUCCAUUGAAUUUCAACACUGAAGUAUCAUCGGACGAAGAAGAAGAAUCAGAAAUGGCUGACAAUUGCCCAAAAUUGGAUUUCACUCCUCAUGAAUAUAUCACCGCAUUGAUCACCGAUUUGGGAGUAUUGACACCAGCUGCAGUUUCCGAAGAAUUGAUCAAAAUGUGGUACGAUUAG